AUGGUGGAUGAGGAAGAGGAAAUCGACAUCGACAUUGAUAUUGAUGGCGAUGACCCAGACGAACAGGUUACAGUCGAGAGAAAGGAGGUAAAAGUAGAGGAUGGAAAACAGAUAUCAAGGGCAAUGCCUGUAGGCUCCAAAAAUAGCGUUGAAAGUGGCGCUACAGAUCUAUUACACAAUCAGAGUGAUGAGGUUUCUCUGGGGCCAAAUCCAGCAACUUCAGGCAAUAAUAAUCCAAAUCAAGCUUCAUUAGUGGAUGAUUUUCAAAUUCCGGAUUGGAUUACGCAAGAUGAACAAACGAGAUUUGAAGCAGGGGAUAUGGACGAAAGAUCUCGGGCGAUGAUUGAGAAUAUGCUUGCAGAAGAAGCGUUUUACUCCGCCCGUUCUUCCACUUCUACGAUCUACAGGCAGGAGCCUUCUGGUGCACGUGGAAACAAAUCAAUGUCGACAACAACCUCAACGUCAAGGUGGGCUAGUGGGCAUAAACCAAUGGAGAAACAUAAAGGUCAUGACUCUAAAAAGCGAAAGACCUCAGACGUUAGAUUAGGGCAAACCAAGCGGACAGUUAGUGAAGAUUCUCGAUUAAACGCCAAGUUAUCAUCAGCUGACCUACCAUCUCAUAACACACGGUGGACAAUUGAGGAAGACGAACGUCUACGGGAAGGAAUUAGGAUUUAUGGUUAUGGAAAUUGGAAAGCAAUUGCAGCUAUUGUCGGUACGAGAAAUCCAUUACAAGUGAAGAACCAUGCACGCCAUCUGGCCAUGUCAGAUAAGAUACCCCACGAUUUCUCUACAAAUACAAGCGAUGGCGAAGGCUUGGACAGACGAUCUUCAGCUGCCAAUUCGGCUGAGGAAGAUGUAGGAUCAACGCAAACUCGUAAAAGGCAACCAAGAAGUACCCAUGUGAAACGUAUAGACGCCAGUAGAGCAUUGGAUAUUAAUGGAUAUAUGCCUUAUGGUGGACGGCGCCGAGCUAGAAGCAUCACAUCGGAAUCUGGAAAUGAAGAGUUUACUGGAUCAGAAUUUGGUGCUACGAGCGGCUAUGAUACUGACAACGAUGAGGAUCACUCAGUUUCUAAAUCUCCCUCGCUAUCAGCACGUGGACGUUCGCGCUCAGCUUCAGCAGGCCUUACAACGCCAAGCCCUGGGCUACGGCCGCUUUAUUCGUCUUUACCAUUACCCUAUGAUAUAUCAACCGACAGGACUGGAAGCUAUAGUGUGGGCGAAAACGAGGAUAUUGACAUUGAUAUUGAGAGCACUGAUGAAGACAUGUCCUCUCGCUUGGGCCUGACAAGGAAACCCCCAGUGUAUGUGCAAAAAUCAAAAUCUCGCUCAAUUUCACCAUUUUCCAACUCAUCGACUCGUUCGCGGCUCUCCAGUGAAUUUGACAGCGAUUCUGACCAUGAUCUACAUAAUGACGAUGGCAAUGAUACUAUCGGGUCAGGGCAGAGCCGAAAGCGAUCCUCUGCAUCAUCCCCUACCCUUUCUGACACAUUUGGAUCAUCAAGUGAUCCUUAUACUACUCCAAAUUUCAAUACAAGUACAAGCAGUAUCAACAGCACGGGGGCUGUGAGUAGCUCCAAGGCAGCGCUUAAGAACGUUCAAGCUUCACAGCAGCAACAGCAACGUCAGUUGCAACAAAAGCUUGGCGCAUUCAGUCAUAUGUAUGUGGAUAAAGCGGUGAGCUCUCCAAAAGAAAGGAGGACUGUAUCCUUUGGUGCUGUGCAUGUCGCAGAGUUGAAGCCAGAUCUUAAUUCAUACGAUGAGGAUGAUAUCAACUCUUCGGAGGAUGGUGUAGCCGAUAAUAAGGGCAUCGCAAAUCUGGAUGUUGUCAUGACCUCAUCGCCACUCACAAGCUAUUCAUUUCAGAAUGGCGACCCAUCCAAUAGUCUGCAGACUGAGCGACCAUCGUCAUUCAUGGUCGCGACCAGUUCGAUAUCCAAUUUUAAUCCUCAGGGCGAGGGUACAUCAUUUCAGCCACUUUCUCAUCAGGCUGCAGAUCAUGGCAGUAAAAAUGAUAAAAACGAAGGAGCUCUUAAAAAAAAUUAUAAUCAAGUACUUAGUAGUGCCAUCAAACCACCGUCGUCGUCGUCAUCUAGUCGUGGAGAGCAAUCGAAGUUAUCUGUACAACAGCCGCCUUCCAGCUCAUCUGGGAAUCCAAUCGCAUCCCACUACGAAUCGACUUUGUCCGAUACGAAUGCUAUAUCGCCAGCGUUGACCACUAUUUCCCGCACUGUGAGGCCUCGUGUACUGGAUAAAUCUGUUAUUACAGAAGAAGAAAAGCUGGUUCACUCUGAGUUUUUUUGUAACAAGGCAAGUAAGACGCCAGAGAGAUAUCAAAGGAUCCGUAAUACCAUCAUUCAGGCAUGGGAAAAAUCACCAUCGACUUAUCUUACCAAGACGAGUGUGCGGUCCGGUCUAAAAGAUUGCGGAGACGUAAAUGCGAUUGGUCGCGUCCACUCGUGGUUGGAAUUCAUUGGAGUGAUCAACGUAGGCAUGACAGCCUCAUCGCCCGGUGCAUCAUUAGCACGGCCCAGAAAUGGUGGAAAUAACUCUUCGAAGCGACGAGUACAUUCUGAAGAACGGGGCUGGUCAUCAUCAUCCUCUACUACAACACCUCGUCAAGUCCGUCGUGAUGUCGGUCCUGGGGUGCAUGAUCCAAACACUGCAUGGCUUACUUCGCCCCAAAGGCGACGGCGGGUACGGAACGAGAAAGGAGAAUGGGUGGAUGAAAAAGAAUUGGAGGGUCAUGUUGUUGAACAUAACAUAGAAAGCAAUAACAGCAGCAAGCAAGGGCGGCCGACUGUUAAACGUAAUAGUUCUAGCGAUCUUUUCAAGUUGGAUGAUGCGACAUUCUUUGAGCGACAUGGGAUGACCAAAGAGGAGAUGGAGGAUGAAUUGGAGCAAGAACGUCUUACUGCUCUCAAUGCCAAAUACUUUGCAACAGAGAUGCCAAUCAAUAGUCGCGUUCCAAAGAACAAAAGAGCUCAGCACUUACUACGUCAGAUGGGCGAGUUACAGGGAUACAGUGCACAUGAAGAAUCCCUAGAAGGGUAUGAUCCGUUUCGACUUGUGCCUUUACGGAAAUAUAGUGCGCAAAACCCGGCACCCUUUCGAAUUAAGGUGUCUUCAGAUGCAAUGCUAAUUAUGGAUUUUCACUCUCAUAUGACCGAAACUGAGGUGAUUGGACUCCUUGGAGGGCUAUAUGAUGAAGACGAAAGGAUUUUAUUUAUCCUUGGCGUUUUUCCGUGCCGUAGUAUCAGCACCGGUCUGCAGUGUGAGAUGGAUCCAGAAUCUGAUGUUGAGGCACGAUAUUUUUUCUCAUCCAAAGGGUUUGUCGUUGUUGGCUGGUACCACUCGCACCCAACUUUUGAGCCUAAUCCGAGCAUACGCGAUAUCGAGAACCAACGCGAGCACCAGACUAUGUUCCGCAGGCACGGAACUGGUGUAGAGCCAUUUGUUGGUGUGAUUAUAUCUCCAUUUGAUCCCAGGAAUCUGUCCUUCCUAUCCAAGUUUCAGUUCUUGACCGUCUCUGAACAGUACGAUGAUCACCUAAACUGCCGAGUACCGUAUGGCUUUGACCGGGAGAUCACACGUAUGAAUGAGCUCUCUGUCGCUGUGUUUCAACAACUCUCCGAGUUGGUACGUUACUAUAGGACGUAUGAACACCGCGUGGAUUUGUCAAAACCUCUUCGCAAAGGUGAGAUGGCAACGCGUCUGGAUAAACUGCUUCAGUCCCUAAACCAUCACAUCUUUGUGGACGAAGUUACAGGGCGCGCUUUCCUAAGCAAAGUCAAGGAGCUGGUCGUACGGGGGUUUCAUCUUGAUAUCAACCACGAAUCAACUUUGUCGUCUACACGAGCACAAUAUCUACGAUCAACAACCACUCCAUCUCUUACACCUUUUGCGACGCCACAGGCGAAAUUACACCCACAAUUAACUGCACCUGCAAUUUGUCAACCGAAAACAUCUCGGGCCCUUGCCUCUACAAAGAAGCCAACGAGUGGAACAACAGCAGACGAUAUGAUCAAACGGAUACUACUGGAUGAGUCCGACACCGAGACGGCAGACAAAAAUGGGGAAUGA